AUGCCACAACUAGACACAUCAACAUGAUUUCUUACCAUCCUAUCCGUAAUACUAACUCUCUUCACACUACUCCAACCAAAAAUCUCAAUACACCUUUACACCCCUAAUCCCAAACCAAUACCUACCAAAACACAAAAACAGCACUCCCCCUGAAACACUGCAUGAACCAAAAUCUAUUUACCUCUUUUAUAA